AAGCAUGUAGUGAGAGAGAGAGAGAGAGAGAGAGAGAGAGAAAUGGGUUUCUUUCUGCUUUCCUCAUCACCACUUGUGGGAGCUUUUAUCUUGGCCUUAAGCACUGUUUGGCUUCUGCCCUUGGUAGUAGUUGGCCAGCAUUCAGGCAUUACAAGGCAGUACAAGUUUGAUAUCAAGUUGCAGAAUGUAACAAGGCUAUGCCACACAAAGAGCAUUGUGACUGUUAAUGGGCAGUUUCCAGGGCCUCCACUUGUGGCUAGAGAGGGUGACCAGGUUCUCAUCAAGGUGGUUAACCAUGUCCAAAACAAUAUUAGCUUGCAUUGGCAUGGAAUUAGACAGCUUAGAAGUGGAUGGGCAGAUGGACCAGCAUAUAUAACUCAGUGCCCUAUUCAAACAGGACAGUCUUAUGUGUAUAACUUCACUAUUACUGGACAGAGAGGGACCCUUUUGUGGCAUGCCCACAUCUCAUGGUUGAGGUCUACCAUUUAUGGACCUAUUAUCAUCCUUCCUAAGCGUGGUGUCCCUUACCCAUUUCUCAAACCCUACAAGGAAGUACCCAUCAUCUUUGGAGAAUGGUGGAAUGUAGACACAGAAGCAGUGAUCAACCAGGCUCUACAGACUGGAGCCGGUCCUAAUGUCUCUGAUGCCUACACCAUCAAUGGACUCCCAGGUCCUUUGUACAACUGCUCUACAAAAGAUACAUUCAAGCUCAAGGUGAAGCCUGGGAAGACAUACCUCCUCCGUUUGAUCAAUGCUGCGCUCAACGACGAGCUCUUCUUCCGCAUUGCCAACCACACAGUUACAAUAGUUGAAGCUGAUGCAGUCUAUGUGAAGCCCUUCAAAACCAAAACACUCCUCAUUGCACCAGGACAAACCACAAAUGUUCUCCUCAAGACAAAGCCUAAAUUCCCUAAUGCCACCUUCUUAAUGGCAGCUAGACCUUAUUUCACUGGCCGUGGUACCUUUGACAACUCAACCACUGUAGGAAUCCUUGAAUAUGAACACCCAACCACUUCUUCUUCUUCUUCUUCUUCUUCUUCUCUUCCAACUUCAAUUAAGAACCUUCCACUCUUUAAGCCACCUCUCCCUUCCCUAAAUGACACUUCUUUUGUUACAAAAUUUACAAAAAGAUUUAGAAGCUUAGCCACUACUACAUUCCCUGCAAAUGUUCCUCAAACUGUGGACAGACACUUCUUCUUCACUGUUGGUUUGGGAACAACUCCAUGCCCUAAGAACCAAACCUGCCAAGGUCCAACCAAUACCACUAAAUUUUCUGCUAGCAUAAAUAAUGUCUCUUUUGUUCUUCCAAACAAAGCCCUCCUUCAAACCCGUUUCUUUGGGCAAUCAUCAAAAGGUAUCUACACAACUGACUUCCCUAAAAGCCCACUUAUUCCCUUCAACUAUACAGGAACUCCCCCUAACAAUACUAUGGAUAGUAAUGGUACCAAGGUUGUGGUGUUGAACUAUAACACAAGUGUAGAGCUGGUGUUGCAGGACACUAGCAUACUUGGUGCCGAGAGUCACCCUCUUCACCUUCAUGGAUUCAAUUUCUUUGCUGUUGGCCAAGGAUUUAGUAACUUUGAUCCUAAGAAGGACCCACCUAAGUUCAAUCUUAUUGACCCGGUUGAAAGGAAUACUAUUGGGGUACCUUCUGGUGGUUGGGUUGCCAUUCGAUUCCUUGCAGACAAUCCAGGGGUGUGGUUCAUGCAUUGCCAUUUGGAAGUCCACACAAGUUGGGGAUUGAAGAUGGCAUGGAUUGUCUUAGAUGGAGCAAGCCCCAAUCAAAAGUUGCCACCACCACCAUCUGAUCUUCCCAAAUGUUGAUUAUGAUCAUCUACAUUCGUUUUGAUUGGAAUGCAAUGAGUUUUUAAUUUAUUUUUUUGUUUGCAGUUAAUUAUAUAUGUUCCUAAUACUGCCACUAGAGAGGAAAGGAAGAGAGGAUAGAGAAGAGAUUUUUUUUUUUGCUUUAUUAUUGUUCCCCAAAAUUUCGAGUUAAUAAUGUUUGUGAAAGA